AUGCGGUUCAACAUGGUGGUGUCCACGAACGCCGCCGCCAUCAGGGUGUGCCAGGCCUGCGGCUUCAAGAUCAUGUGCACGCUGCCGCUGUCCUUCAACCAUGCCAAGGAGGGGCUCGUCGACACGCACGUGAUGUUCUGCGCGCUCGAUUCCGCAGGGGGUAGCGCGGGGAGCAGGCAGAGGCGGAGCUUCCCGAGGGCGGUGCGCGAUGUGGCCACGCCGCAGUCCGCCGUCUCCAGCCCGCCGCCGCACCGGGAGCGCUCCCACGACUUCACACCGGCAGAUUCGCCGGUGCACAUCAGCGAGGACAUUGCCAUCCAGCUGGAGAAGGUGGGGAGCCUGGCGGAGCUGAAGGCGCUGGAGGCGCCCUCGAAGACCCGGGCGUACGGAGACUGGAUGAUGUGGAUGGUGCACCGCGCGUGGCUCAACGACCCCGAGCUGACGGAGCUCGACUUCAGCGGCAUGCGGAUGCCCGACGGGCACGUGGAGCGCCGGAUCGCGCCGAGGCUCAUGGAGGCCGUGGGGUCCAACACGCACUUGCGCGUGCUCUCCCUCUCGAGCGCCAACGUGCAGAAGGCCCAGGGCGUGCAGCUCGCCGAGUCGCUGCGGAAGAAUACGACGCUGCGCGUGGUCAACCUGGAGGGCAACCGCCUCGACUCCAUGGCCGUGCGCGCGCUGGCGCUGGCCGUGGCGGACAACCCGAACUGCGGCAUCGAGCACUUCCGCCUCCAGCACCAGGGCCAGGCGGGCGUGUCGUUCGGCAGGCCCGCGGAGGAGGCCGUGGGGCAGAUGAUGCAGAGCAACCAGACCAUAGUGAAGCUGGGCUUCGAGUGCGACGACCGCCACUGGAGGAACGUCAUCGACGCGGCCCUCGUGCGGAACAACGACGCCUCACGCCGUCAGCAGGCAGCCGCCCAGGACGCCCUGCGCCCCGCGUCCCAGGAGGUGACGCUGGGCCAGGUGCUCCUCCAGUCGGCGCCCGCCGCCUGCACCGAGAGGUCGUUCCUGGAGGACGGCUCCUUCCGCGAGCUCUACCGCAGCUACGUGGUGCAGACCGGGAAGCUUCCUACGAUCAAGCAGCUGCUCAGCUGCGCGAAAAACAGCGGGCAGCCCUUGCAGUACUCGGCCGCGGCGCCCUUCGUGAAGGAGUGCCGCACUUGGUUCCUGCAGACGGCAAUCGGCACGAACGUGCUCGCGACCGAUGCCUUCGGGAUCGGCAAGGAAGGAAGGAUGGUGGACUGGUCGGAGACCAAUGACUGCUGGAGCAUCGAGCUCGUCGCCCACGAGGACGACAAGCACUACGCCUUCCGGUCCAGCAGGGAGCCGGCCUUCGCCGUCUCCGAUGCGUGGGUGGAGUGGCUGGGCCAGGAGCGCAUUGCCCUGGGGCUCCUGCUGCUGCAGUGGAGGGCCCUGGCGAACAGGUGGCGCAAACGCGUGCCCGAAGGCACUGAGCGCGCGUCGGAGCCGUCCAUCUGGAUCGGCAUCUGCUCCGUCUGGUCUACGGCGGCCGCGACCAGCGCCGGCGGCAGCCGCACGGAGACCCGCGUCCCCAUGAGCGGGGCUCGGCGGCGCGUGACGCAGCGGCUGAAGGACGCGCAGAACACGGCGGCGCUGCUCACCACGUUCCAGGAGGCGGACAUGUCCGCCGCGCUCGAGAUGUGCAAGAAGUACAAGGAUUCUUUUCAGAAGACCCACGGCACAAAGCUCGGAUACUUGUCUGUGUUUGCGAAGGCCAGUAGCAAAGCGUUGAUGGAAAUCCCUGGAGUCAACGCCGUCAUCGACGACAGCUCGAAGGAGGUUGUUUACCGUGACUACGUGGACAUCAGCAUCCCCAUCCCAAGCCCGCGUGGGCCAGUUUCUUGCGUCCUGCGCGGUGUAGAGUCCAUGUCGAUCCUGGACAUCGAGCACGCCAUCGCCGGAUUCGUCGAGAGGGCGGCCAAAGACGACCUGGCUGUCGAAGACCUGGGUGGGGCAACAUUCGGCAUCACCGAUACCGGGGUGGCCGGAGGCAUGAUGGGCACCGCUAUCAUCAACCCACCAAUGAGCGCCGUGAUGGGCACCAACGCAGUGACGACAAGGCCCACCGUCGUCGGCGGCAAGGUCGUUGCCAAACCCAUCAUGUACCUGGCCCUCACCUAUGACCACCGCCUGAUUGACGGGCGUGAGGCCGUGACGUUCUUGUGUUCCGUGCGCGACAAGAUGGAGGACCCCACCCGCCUGCUGCUGGAGCUGUGA